AUGACAGAGUUGUAAAAACUCCCGGGCCGUGGGGAGUGAAGCUGGCAGCCUGUCUACCCGGAGUUCAAACGCUAAAGCCCCCACAGGAAAAAAACAAAACAACAAAAAAGAAAAAAAAACACGGAAAAUAUAUAUAUAUAUAUAUAUAUAUAUAUAUAUAUAGCCUGGACUCGGAAGUAUAGAGACGCAACAUUUUGACACCUCCUUUCACUGAAGCUACGCUAACGUAUUCAAGCCGACUGCAAAAGAAGGACCUGCGUGGAUUUCAAUGAUCAAGAAGCUGACCCUGUUGAAAGGAGGAUAUCAAUUUCAGCGGGUAGCGCCUCGUCGUCAGAGUUUCUGCUUGACGCUCGACACGGCUCCCUUGGAGGUUUCUGCAGCGCGCAGAAAAAACAGCUCUGUGACGGAAAAGGAGUCGCCCUCACCACUGAAGCAGCUAUGCAGCUUGAAAUCCAAGUAGCACUCAACUUUAUUAUUUCCUACUUGUACAACAAACUCCCUCGGCGACGUGUGAAUAUCUUUGGCGAAGAGCUCGAGAGGCAGCUGAAGAAGAAAUAUGAAGGCCACUGGUACCCAGACAAGCCAUACAAGGGUUCGGGGUUCAGGUGCAUCCAUGUAGGGGAGAAGGUGGACCCUGUAGUGGAGCAGGCGGCCAAAGAGAGCGGCCUGGACAUCGAAGAUGUCCGGAAUAACCUCCCUCAGGACCUUAGCGUGUGGAUCGACCCGUUUGAGGUCUCCUACCAGAUUGGGGAGAAGGGACCUGUCAAGGUGCUCUAUGUGGACGAUAACAACGAGAACGGGUCAGAGCUGGACAAGGAGAUCAAGAACAGCUUUAACCCAGAGGCCCAGGUCUUCAUGCCAAUCAGUGACCCUGUUGGGGCUUCCUCAGAGUCAAGCUCUCCCUCUCCUCCCUUUGGGCAGUCUGCUGCUGUCAGCCCUUCCUUCAUGCCACGCUCCACACAGCCCUUAACCUUCACUACUGCCACCUUUGCUGCCACCAAGUUCGGCUCCACUAAGAUGAAGAGCAGUGGCCGCAGCAACAACAAUGGCAACGGUGGCAGCAACAGCAAAGCGGCUCGCACCUCCCCCACUAAUAACCUGGGUCUGAAUGUGAACACACUGCUGAAGCAGAAAGCCAUCUCCACUUCCAUGCACUCACUGUACGGGCUGGGCCUUGGUCAGCAGCAGCAGCAGAAGGCCUCUGCCCUCUCCCCCAACGCCAAGGAGUUUGUGUUCCCCAGCCUGCAGGGUCAGGCCAGCCCCGGAGCAGUGUUCCCAGGGGAGGGCUCCCUGGGGCUGGGCCCACUGCAGUACAACAAUGCCUUUGACAUGUUUGCAGCCUACGGAAGCCUCAACGACAAGUCCCUAAUGGAUGGCCUCAAUUUCAGUCUGAGUAACGUGCAGUAUUCUAACCAGCAAUUCCAGCCAGUCAUGGCUAACUAAACUCAUUGUGAAGAUGCUUCUUUCUUUUCUUUCUUUUUUUUUUUUAAAUGACGGUGGCUCAAAGAGAAGGAAAAAUAAAACGCACAUUUUGGAAAAUUGACUCAAGGAAAUGUCUAGUCUGUCAAGCGCAUGUGCCCAAGGGUGUUUCUACUGUGCCCCUUGAGUUUGUCUCUCUACUUAAAAAGCUUGUUGUCCAAACACGUCCAAGCUUGGUUACUUCAAUUCAACAUGCAUCUUUAGUUUUCUUUUUCCUUUUUUUGCCAACCAAGCACAAAAUAAUUUUUUACUGUUGAAGAAAAUACUCCAAAAAUGAGUUAAAAAAAAAAUACAAGCUUCAAGUUUUUGGCCUCUUACAGUAUUUUACAGGUGGUAAGACAAGGCUGAUUUUUAUGAAUUGGCACUACUAAGUGGGGUUACUUGGUCUUUUUCUAAUUGUAUAAUUUAAUUUAGUACAGAGUUUGUAAGAUAUCAGAGUAUAUAUUGUUUCUAUGACAUGGUGUUGCAUUUAUAUCUUUUUACUACUCCAGUGAUCUGUGAUGGCUGCAGCAGCUUUUCCUUAUAUUUUCUUUUUUAAAGAUAAAAUUGUUAAAAGAAAUCCAUCUUUAAAAUACAUCAAAUAUUCUAAAGAUUGUGUACAGAGUAUUCCUUAGUGGUGGAAUUCAAGUGUAGGAAUAUUUGCUUUUUUCUGAAAGAAUUGUAUUUUCUGUUAAGAGGUGAAAAAGAUUUUUGCUAUAUUAUGGACAAAAUGUAAUCGUAUGAAUAUUGAUUUUGUACCUACAUUGUGCAAUACUUGAUAAAAAAUACGGUAUAACAAAGUAUUUUGAGUCAGUGUCUUACAUGUGAAGAGGGACUGAAAUAGUUUAUAUUGUUAAGUUUGUAUUAAAUGCUUAAAAAUUAUAUGCUUGUCUUUAUUUUUUUUAAUUUCAUAUUUGCACCCUGGUCUUUUUAAUAAAAUAAACUACAGUUGAACAUAA